UCUUCCGCGAAGACCCGGAAGCUGACUCGUUCUCCGGCCGGUGUGUGAACGCAUUCCGCGAUAAAUAAAAAACUCCGGGAAGAGUCAAGUUCAAGCCUCGAAGUAAUCGAUUACCCCAGAAGAAGCUUCCCCCGGACGCCUUCUUCUCCUCCCAGCUCCCACCUGCUGGUCUUCGGGGGUGGCGGUGAAGUUACCGCUCUUCGCCAGGAACUCCAAGACUGAUGGGGGAUUGAAGGAAUUGAUUGGGAGUCCCACAUCGCAUACCCCUGUUUUAGAUUGGUAGCAGGUUGGUGGUUUUAGUUCCAAGUAUCGACUGUUUGUUGCCGCUAAUCCUGUGGUUAGAGAUGAAUUUUUUUGAUGGUCUACUUCUUGCAUAAAUGGCUAACCAAGACAAAGAUCAUAUCCCCAUGCUAUCAAAGGAUAUUAAGCUACAGAAAUUCACUGCUAGGAGUGCAUCAAUGUCUAUGCCCCCAAAUGUGUCCAGUGAAAGUGAAGAUAUUUUUGUAUCUCAUACUGGUCCUUUGCGCAUCCCAAGGACACAAUUUGCACAUACAAGUGGUCCUUUAUAUAGCAAUCAGAAGGUAGAUGAGGUUCCUUGGCUUAAACAUGACAAGCUACAUGCUAAAGUACACUCAGUCAUGCCAGCAGUAAUGGGUCAAAAUGACUGGUCAGACAAUAACCACGUCGAAAAAAAUGAGUAUUUGUUGAAGUCUGGGCCUCUUGGGUUAUGCAAUAACCCUGACUGCACUGAUUGUCCUGCAGCUUAUAAAACCAAAAGGAGUUAUCAUAAAAGCUCAGUACUUUUUCUUGAUAGUAAGCUUCGUAACAUUCUUUAUGGGGAAGCUGAUGGAUGGGCAAAGAAAGCAAUUUCAUGUCUAAGUUCAUAUUUUCCAAUCAUGAAUCCACACACAAAGGUUGUUCAACAGUGGAACAAGUUCUUUGUUAUCUCCUGCUUGAUUGCAAUAUUUGUCGAUCCAUUGUUUUUCUUCGUUCUCUCUGUACAGGAGAACUACAAGUGUAUGGUCCUGAACCGGUCCUUUGCAACUGAUUUGGCAGUUGUAAGAAGUGUGACUGAUUUCAUUUACCUAUUACACAUGCUUCUUCAGUUCAGACUGGCAUAUGUUGCGCCUGAAUCCAGAGUUGUGGGUGCUGGGGAUUUAGUUGAUCAGCCAAAAAAAAUUGCACUUCAUUAUCUUUGUGGUUACUUCAUAUUCGAUGUGUUUGUUGUGUUGCCACUUCCUCAGGUAAUGAUAUUACUAGUCAUACCAGAGUAUGUGGGAUCAUCAGCAGCAAACUAUGCAAAAAAUCUUUUACGUGCCACAGUUCUUCUUCAGUAUGCCCCAAGAAUUAUUAGAUUUCUUCCCUUGCUUGCUGGGCAGUCUGCAAGUGGCUUCAUUUUUGAGUCAGCUUGGGCUAACUUCGUUAUUAAUCUUCUAAUGUUUAUGUUGGCUAGUCAUGUCGUUGGUUCGUCUUGGUACCUCUUUGGGUUACAGAGGGUAAAUCAAUGUCUAAGGGAUGCCUGCAAUUCCACUUCUGUUGCUCCAAUUUGUGCGAGUCUUAUAGACUGUGGAAGUGGGAAUAGUGUUGAACUGAGUCCUCAAAAUAGGCAAUAUUGGGUGAAUGAUCCGAAUUCUAGUGAUUGCUUUAACAAGGACGGACAUUUUGAAUAUGGCAUUUAUCAACUGGCUGUCUUAUUAACAACAGAAAAGAGUGUUGUUAAGCGAUAUACAUAUUCCUUAUUUUGGGGAUUUCAGCAAAUCAGUACUUUAGCUGGUAACCAAGUUCCAAGUUAUUUUGUGUGGGAAGUUCUGUUCACUAUGGCCAUCAUUGGAUUGGGGCUCUUGUUAUUUGCAUUGCUCAUUGGAAAUAUGCAGAACUUUCUCCAGGCUCUUGGAAGGAGGAAACUUGAAAUGCAGCUUAGACGACGUGAUGUUGAACAAUGGAUGAGCCAUCGUCGUUUGCCUGAAGAUUUGAGGAGGCAAGUAAGACAAGCAGAAAGGUUUAGUUGGGCAGCUACUCGAGGUGUAAAUGAAGAACAGCUACUAGAGAAUCUACCGGAGGACCUACAAAGGGAAAUACGACGUCAUUUCUUUAAGUUUCUCAAUAAAGUUCGGAUAUUUUCCCUGAUGGAUGAGCCCCUCUUUGAUGCUGUUUGUGAAAAAUUAAGGCAAAAGUUAUACAUUAGAGGAAGUGAUAUUCUUUAUCAGGGCAGUCCUGUUGAAAAGAUGGUUUUCAUAGUGAGGGGUAAAUUGGAGAGCAUUGGAACAGAUGGAAAUAUAGCUCCUUUAUCAGAAGGAGAUGUAUGUGGUGAGGAGCUCCUCACAUGGUAUCUUGAGCACUCUUCGGUGAAUAGAGAGGGUGGCAGAAUCAGGUUCCCAGGACAGCGCUUGUUUUCAAACAGGACUGUUAAGUGUCUGACUAAUGUUGAGGCAUUUGCACUUCGAGCUGCUGACUUGGAAGAAGUCACUACCUUGUUUUCCCGAUUCCUGCGGCACCCACGUGUGCAAGGAGCAAUUAGGUAUGAAUCACCCUACUGGAGAAAUAUUGCUGCGACCCGCAUUCAAGUAGCCUGGAGAUACAGGCAGAGACGUCUAAAGCGAAAUGAGAGUUCCAACAAAGGAUCUACUCAUUCUAAUUCUCAUGUUUGGCGACAAUAUUCAUCAGAUUCAGCAUCAUGAUAAGCUCCUGUACUGUACUUGUGACACCAUGCUAUUGGUUCAGGCAAAAGAUCCUAUCCGUCAACAGUUCGAAGGCAUCAAUUAUCUUCUUUCUAGUUUUAUGGUUUUCCCUGAGGGUGGGUGCCUUUUGGUUAGUUGUUUUACUUAAAAAGGUUUAAAUAGCAUGUAAUGCAUAAAUUCUCUUCAAAGCAGAGGAUAGCUGAGCAUACAUAUUACCAAUGAGCAAGGUUAUGUUAUGAUGCACUGAUGUUCUCUUGGUAACCCACCUAAACAUAUCUUCUUCCAAAUGUGAAUUAAUAUACUGCUGUUGUACUAUUUAAACUA